CAGUUCUCUGUGUCGCCUGUGCUUUUGUUUAAAUCCAUGUUUUCUCAUAAUUACGUGAUAAUUACCAUUACCUAAAAAGGGUUUAUCUCUGCCUAAAAAUGACUGCUAAACCAACCAAAAGAGUGAUGUUUUCCGAGGCACAUUGCCACAGUUUGGUAGAUAUCGUUCUGAGAUACAAAAAUAUUGUUGAGUGCAAGAGGACAGACGCCGUAACGUGAAGUUUUUAAUUUUUAUUGAAUACAAAAAGUUCAAUGUUAGUAUCAUUUCUCAGGCAGCAGCUUGGGAGAAAAUUGCAGAGCUAUACAACUCUGCCACAACCGGAUCACGAACAGCUGAUCAACUCAGGUGUAAAUUUGAUAAUUUGAAAAAAGAAGUACGCAAGUGUGAAGCUCACAGGAGGCAAAAUUUGUUGAGGACUGGUGGUGGUGGUGCUGAUGAGAGAAAUCUGAAGAAAGCCGUGAUUAUGCUUUACGAGAAAAUUAAAAGUAUUAUUGGCUUAUCAGUGCAUGGAUUGCAGCCAUCUGUGGGUGACAGCGAUGAUGCUUCAUUUGAAAAUAAAGAAGAAGGGGCAUCUGUUUGUAUGGAGACAAAUAAAAAUACAGAAAAUCUACAUGAAGUGGAUGUUGAUCUUGUAUCAAUGUCUAUAGUGUUAAAUGAAGAUUCUAAAAGCAACACAGAAGCUUUAGAACAGACUUGUGAGUUACAAACACCGUCUGUACCAGUACCACAGCAAUCCCCUCUGGCAGUUAAAGUGAUACAUGCUAGGUGCUUACUAUAUACUCAGUGCAAUGUAGUGUAUAUAUGUAUUUAUUUUAGAUUGGUCUGAUUACACACCAAGACACUUACAAUCAAGGAAACACAGAGUCCUUCAAGGAAAAAGGAUUGAAGAACAGUCAUCGAAAGAGGGCCUAACAUCUCUAAAAAGGAAGUUGUUAGACGAAGAAGCUGCAAGAAACAAAGAACACUAUGAACAAAAAAUGAAAAAUGAGCAGGAACUACAUGAGUUGAAAGCUAAAAACUUCAUUAGAAAAAGAUAGAAGUACCUACUAAAGCUAAACUUUGAAGAAAUCAUUACACCGUUGCAAAUACAUUUAUAAAUAUAUUUCAAUAAAUUAUCAUACAAAAUA